GCUGUCAGAGACGCGCCUCGCGGGGGGACGCCGCGCAGACGGCGACGGAGGGACAAAGAGGGCGGAGCGAGAGGACAGGGGAUCGACGAGCGGGCAGUCUCGGCUCGGAGCGCGGCGAGGAGCGGUCCGUCGGCGCCGGGACGCUUCUCCAGCAGACUUUACCCGUCACCCGUGUUUGUCACUGACUCUUCGCGUGAACUGUGACCGCACUUCUGAUAGUGAGCUGCGGGUGUGCAAACAGCGAGACUCGGCGUCAGUUGAACUGAGCAGCGAGUCGUGGCGGACGGACAGAGCCCUCCCCUGGCGGGGGACGGCAGCGCGGGGCCGCGUCUGAGGCGGCCGCAGCACCUCAGUCUGACUGGAGGGAGAGCUAGGUGGACAAGAUGUACUCCAGCUCACCAAGAAGCACGCCAACGCGACGGCAGUCGUCCGCCAUAGAGCACAUUCCAUUCAGCACGAACCUGUCGCACCUCUCUGCGGAACUGGCGCGGACGGACAGCGCCGCCAGCUCCCCCUGCCGGAGCGAUGUGUCAUUCGGCAGCCACUCCUUCCGCGAGCAGGAGCACCAGAAAAAGUCGCUCGAGGAGGAGAACUUCAAGCUGAAGCUGCGCGUGUACAUGUUAGAGGAGCGACUCCAGCGUCAGGACUCCAAUGAUGGUUCCAGCAAAGCCCUGGCUGAACUCAAGGUGCAGUCGGCGGCACUGCGGGAGGAACUGGCCCAGAAGAGCGCCCUGCUGCGGCGCGCCUCGGAGACGCUGGAGGCGCUGGAGCAGCGGCAGAGCGAGCAGCAGUCGCGCGCGCGUCAGGAGCAGACGGAGCGGGCGCUGCUGGAGGACACGCUGGAGGAGCUGGAGGCGCAGUACCGCGCCGAGCUCGACCACCACCAGGCCACAGAGGCCGAGAGGAGCCGCCUGGAGGCCGCCCUCCGAGCGCUGCAGACGGAGCAGCGGCGAGCCGCCGCGGCGCGCGCCGUCACAGAGGCAGAGCGGGCGCAGCAGGAGAGGGACUGGGAGGAGGAGCGGAGUCGGGCGGAGCAGGAGCGGAGUCGUCUGCAGGAGGAGCUGCGGGACCUCCAGGCGAGGUUCGAGGAGGAGGCGCGGCGCGGCCAGCGACUGGCGGAGGAGAACGUCCGGCUGGAGACCCUGGUUAGCCGUCGGUCACCGCAGGAGACCAGCAGUACUCAGGUGAGGAUCCCGACAGCCGUACCCUGUCUAAAUUUCUUUUUUUACCUCCUUCCCAUUUAGUUCGUCCUUAGUUACACGAGGGAGACGAACAUUGGGCGAUUGACCUGUAAUUGGUCUGGCCCAUGAACGCAUAGAGAGGUUCGACCU